AUGACCAACAACACGUCUGUCAAUCCCUCGGAAGUCGGCUGGCAAUUCGUUCCUCAGUACUACACCUUUGUCAACAAGCACCCCCACCGCCUCCACUGCUUCUACAACAAAUCCUCCACUUUCAUUCACGGUACUGAGGGCGAGGACGGCAAGCCCUGUUUCGGCCAGCAGGAAAUCCACAACAAGAUCACUUCUAUUGGCUUCCAGGACUGCAAGGUUUUCAUCCACUCCGUCGAUGCUCAGUCUUCGGCGAAUGGCGGUAUCAUCAUUCAGGUGAUCGGUGAGAUGUCGAACAAGGGCGAAGCCUGGAGGAAAUUCGUGCAGACGUUCUUCCUCGCUGAGCAGCCCAACGGCUACUUCGUCCUCAACGACAUCUUCCGCUUCCUGAAGGAGGAGUCCGUCGAAGAGGGUGACGAGCAGGAGACCGAGCCUGCUCAGAAGCCCGUUUCCACUGAGCAGGUCGUCCCUAUAUCCCCCGCCCCCUCGUCACCCGCCCCUCCUCCGCCUGCCGAGCCGGAGCCUGUGCCUGCUCCCAGCCCCGCCCCGCCCCCUGCUGUCGAGGAGCGUGCUCCUUCCCCCUCUCCCUCUCCCGCCCCCGAGGCUCAGCCUCAGGUCAACGGCCACGCGCCAGAGACCAGCGAGGCGCCGGCGGGCAAAGAGCUCGAGAUCGCCCGUCUCGGAUUCUCGCGCGGCCAUCUACGCUACGUUCGUUCAGUGAAGUACAAGUCCGCGGAAUAG